CUCCUUGCCCUGCCCUGGCCUGGCCAGUGGAGGCAGGGAGGAGCCCAGAAUAACCUGCUCUUUCUUAGCUUCCCUCCACACACCAGCUUCCAGGAAAGUCUGUGCCAGACGGAGAGCCCACUGCUCUGGCCUGAGUCAUGCCAACCCAGGCUCUGCUGCCCAUCCUGCUUCUCUGUGUUCUGCUGCUGCAGGCCCAGGGAGGACCCCGUAAUAAGAACAAGAUGCAGAGUGUCAAGGCCUGUCAGAAGCGGCCCAGUGUAUAUCUUUGCAACAACCACUGUUCAUAUUUCCUAAAGUGUCCCAAUUCCAAUACCAUAUGCUGUUCAACCUACUGCGGGAAUGUUUGCAUGAACCGCCUGUGAGUGGGUCUGUGUAUUCUGUUCCCCUAACCCUCUAAAACUGGGCCUGCGACCUUAAAUCCUGGGCAAAAGGCUGUCAACCUCCUCACUAUCUGGAUGGCUUUUUUCUGUCAA